AUGCAAAUACGGCUAACGUAUUCAGAGCGUGUGCGAGGGUGUGCGAGGGUGUACAGCGUGCGAAGUACAAGGUGCGAGGGUGACGGGCCGAGGGUGAGGGGUGAGAGGCAUUGCUCGUACGAGCGCGCUACGAGUAGGCGUCGCGACGUGCGCCCGCGCAGCCCGCCCUCCCACGACCCGGAGCGACACACAGAGGGACACAGACGGACACACAGGGACACAGAGAGACACACAGGCGAGCCGCAUCGGCCAUUAGUUAUCAAUGAGCGUGUAGUGUUCGUGCCCGGCGAGUCGUGA